GGACAGCGCGGCAGCUGCUCUGGAAAGCCGAGCCGGGAGUUUUCGCCACCGUGGUCGCCGCCAUGAGUCGCAGCUAUAACGAUGAGCUGCAGUUCUUGGACAAGAUCAAUAAAAACUGCUGGAGAAUCAAGAAGGGCUUCGUGCCCAACAUGCAGGUGGAAGGAGUUUUCUAUGUGAAUGAUGCUCUGGAAAAAUUAAUGUUUGAGGAAUUAAGGAAUGCCUGUCGAGGUGGUGGUGUUGGUGGCUUCCUGCCAGCCAUGAAACAAAUUGGCAAUGUGGCAGCCCUGCCUGGGAUUGUUCAUCGAUCCAUUGGGCUUCCUGAUGUCCAUUCAGGUUACGGGUUUGCUAUUGGGAAUAUGGCAGCCUUUGAUAUGAAUGACCCUGAGGCAGUGGUAUCCCCAGGUGGCGUCGGAUUUGACAUCAACUGCGGUGUUCGCUUACUCAGAACCAAUUUAGAUGAAAGUGAUGUGCAGCCUGUGAAGGAGCAGCUUGCCCAAGCUAUGUUUGACCACAUUCCUGUUGGAGUGGGAUCAAAAGGUGUCAUCCCAAUGAAUGCCAAAGACCUGGAGGAGGCUUUGGAGAUGGGUGUGGACUGGUCCCUCAGAGAAGGCUAUGCCUGGGCUGAAGACAAGGAGCACUGUGAGGAGUAUGGAAGGAUGCUGCAAGCUGACCCCAAUAAGGUCUCUCCAAGGGCUAAAAAAAGAGGCCUUCCUCAGUUGGGGACCCUGGGAGCAGGCAACCACUAUGCAGAAAUCCAGGUUGUGGAUGAGAUUUUCAAUGAGUAUGCUGCUAAGAAAAUGGGCAUCGACCAUAGAGGACAGGUGUGUGUGAUGAUCCACAGUGGAAGCAGAGGCUUGGGCCACCAAGUAGCCACAGAUGCACUGGUAGCUAUGGAAAAAGCCAUGAAGAGAGACAAGAUUAUAGUCAAUGACCGUCAGUUGGCUUGUGCUCGAAUCGCUUCCCCAGAGGGUCAGGACUAUCUGAAGGGAAUGGCAGCAGCUGGGAACUAUGCCUGGGUCAACCGCUCCUCCAUGACCUUCUUAACCCGUCAGGCUUUUGCCAAGGUCUUCAACACAACCCCUGAUGACUUGGACCUACACGUGAUCUAUGAUGUUUCUCACAAUAUCGCCAAAGUAGAACAGCAUGUGGUGGACGGGAAGGAGCGGACGCUGUUAGUACACAGGAAGGGAUCCACCCGAGCUUUCCCUCCUCACCAUCCCCUCAUUGCUGUGGAUUACCAACUUACUGGACAACCAGUGCUCAUUGGUGGCACCAUGGGAACCUGUAGUUAUGUUCUUACUGGCACUGAACAGGGCAUGACUGAGACCUUUGGAACAACCUGUCAUGGAGCGGGCCGUGCAUUGUCUCGAGCAAAAUCUCGACGUAAUUUAGAUUUCCAGGAUGUCUUAGACAAAUUGGCAGAUAUGGGAAUUGCAAUCCGUGUUGCCUCACCCAAACUGGUUAUGGAAGAGGCUCCUGAGUCCUAUAAGAAUGUGACCGAUGUCGUGAACACCUGCCACGAUGCAGGGAUCAGCAAGAAGGCCAUUAAACUGAGACCGAUUGCUGUCAUCAAGGGAUAGAACGCUGACCGUGGCCACCAGACACCACUGACCCUCACUGACGUGGACGUGGACUGAAACGCUCCUCAGACAUCAGCCUUGACAGACCUGACAAGUUCCAGAGUGUGCAGCCGUAACUGCCCGUUCCAAAAUGGCUGCCGCUGGGGCUGCCACCUCAGCAGCCAGUGUUGUAAAACAGCCUU